AGCUGGAAUAACACCCGCGGCGAAUAGCCCUUACUCGGCUGGCCUCCCACUAGCUCCGUUUGCAGAGGCUUGGUGCAGGUGAGAGAGAAUCCAGUCUCCAGCGGCCACCCUCGGUCGGGUCGGGAAGCUGAAGCGAGGUCGCUGUACGCCCCCUUCCCCAACCCCUACUCCCACCCUGGUGUUGCUAUGGCCACGCCCCGGAGUCGCCAGGCGGCUACAGCUGCAGUCGAGCAGGGCCCUAGGCAGCUCUGCAGGCUGGUACUGGAAGGGCAGCUGCGUACCCUGCAGGAGGAGCUGCAGAGGAUGGGAGGUCCAGCUGUGCGGUGCCUGGGGCCAGCAGGGGACACCCUUCUGCACUGCGCCGCCCGCCAAGGGCAUCUGGACAUCCUGGCCUAUCUGGUUGAGGUCUGGGAGAUGGACAUCGAGGCCACCAACCGAGACUACAAGCGACCUCUGCACGAAGCAGCCUCCCAGGGCCAUCGAGACUGUGUGUGCUAUCUGUUGGGCAGGGGAGCAGCCGUCGACUGCCUGAAGAAAGCGGACUGGACUCCUCUAAUGAUGGCGUGCACAAGAAAUAAUAUCGGGGUGAUCCAAGACCUUGUGGAACGUGGCGCCAAUCCACUCCUGAAGAACAAAGACGGCUGGAACAGCUUCCACAUUGCCAGCCGGGAAGGAGACCCUUUGAUCCUGCAGUACUUGCUGUCUGUUUCCCCAACUGCCUGGAAGACAGAGAGCAGAAUUCUAAGAACUCCGCUGCACACUGCAGCAAUGCAUGGAUGUUUAGAGGCAGUAAAGGUGCUUCUUAAGAGGUGCCAGUAUGAACCCGACUGCAGAGACAAGUGUGGCGUUACACCCUUUAUGGAUGCAAUUCAGUGUGGCCACAUCAAUGUAGCGAGGCUGCUCCUUGAAAGCCACAAGGAAUGCAUCCUGUCAGGCAUAAUGUCCGUGAAUGGAAAGAAAGUUCUUCAUAUGGAUCGAAAUCCAUAUUAUGGAGGAGAAAGUGCAUCCAUAACGCCACUGGAAGAUUUAUACAAAAGAUUUAAAAUCCCAGGAUCACCACCAGCAUCAAUGGGGAGAGGAAGAGACUGGAAUGUUGACUUAAUUCCCAAGUUCCUUAUGGCUAAUGGUCAACUGGUUAAGAUGCUGCUUUAUACAGAGGUUACUCGUUACCUGGAUUUCAAAGUAACUGAAGGGAGCUUUGUCUAUAAGGGAGGAAAAAUCUAUAAGGUUCCUUCCACUGAAGCAGAAGCCUUGGCAUCUAGCUUAAUGGGACUAUUUGAAAAACGUCGAUUCAGAAAAUUCCUGGUGUAUGUUGCCAACUUCGAUGAAAAUGAUGCUAGAACUUUUGAGGGCGUUGAUCCUAAGAAGACUACAAUGCGAGAUGUGUAUAAGAAAUUUGACUUGGGCCAAGAUGUUAUAGAUUUUACUGGUCAUGCGCUGGCACUUUACAGAACUGAUGAUUAUUUAGACCUACCCUGCUGUGAAACCAUUAGUAGGAUUAAACUUUACAGUGAGUCCCUGGCCAGAUACGGCAAAAGCCCAUACCUUUACCCUCUUUAUGGCCUUGGAGAGCUGCCGCAGGGGUUUGCGAGGCUAAGCGCUAUUUAUGGGGGUACCUACAUGCUGAAUAAGCCAAUUGAAGAAAUCAUUGUGCAAAAUGGAAAAGUGAUUGGUGUAAAAUCUGAAGGAGAGAUUGCUCGCUGUAAGCAGCUCAUCUGUGACCCUAGUUAUGUAAAAGACCGGGUACAAAAGGUGGGCCAGGUGAUCAGAGUUAUAUGUAUCCUGAGUCAUCCGAUCAAGAACACCAAUGAUGCCAACUCAUGCCAGAUCAUUAUUCCACAGAACCAAGUCAACCGGAAGUCAGAUAUCUAUGUCUGCAUGAUUUCUUCUGCGCACAAUGUGGCAGCACAAGGGAAGUACAUUGCCAUAGUUAGUACCACUGUGGAAACCAAGGAGCCCGAGAAAGAAAUCAGACCAGCUUUGGAGCUCCUGGAACCAAUUGAACAGAAAUUUGUUAGUAUCAGCGACUUGCUUGUACCAAAAGAUUUGGGAACCGAAAGCCAGAUCUUUAUUUCCCGUACUUAUGAUGCUACAACUCACUUUGAGACAACCUGUGAUGACAUUAAGAACAUCUAUAUGAGGAUGACAGGAUCAGAGUUUGACUUUGAAGAAAUGAAGCGCAAGAAAAAUGACAUCUAUGGGGAAGACUAACAGCAGUACAUGUUGCUAUCUAACAGAACAGAUUUACAAUUUGGCAAACAAUGCAUAUUGUAUGAAAUCAAUAUUGUAAGGCCUGCUUUUGUAAUCAGAACUGAGAUAUUGAAGAGUACUAUAUCAGUAAAUAUUCCUCCCUUCAUCUUUUUAAUAUCAUGUAUUAACUUUUUCAUGGAGUGGCUAUUGAGAAUUGGCAGGUUACCAUGUUCUGUUCCAUUUAACCCAGGAUGGGCUUCCCCGGCCCCCUAGUGAAGAAAUCGUUUUAAAACAGCAUUGUGAUACUGAUACAGAGAUCUUGAUACAGUAUUUGGGUCUUUCCAUCAGUGUAACCUCUGCAGUCAUGUGCAGGGCUGGACCAGUACACAGAACAACCCAUGGUGCCACCUGUCCUCUUGACAUUAAGGAGAUUCUAAAUUCAAUAUUUCAUAUUUGGGAAAGCAUCCCUCACGUUUUCCACAUAACUUUACAUUUUGUGUUAAGUAUUAUGACAAUGCCCAAACAGCAUAGCCACAAAUUUGGUUUAUGAGGGCACAGAAUUCUAACCAAACAACUGAUUUUGGGAGUCAUUUGGGGGAUGCCUCUGUGGCUAAUGGCUCCAUAUGGUGUUUCAAUCUACUAGAUUAAAGUGGUAAGAAACCUAACAUCAAGCAGGUGAACCGUAGAAGCAUCUUUUAUAUCCCAGGUGUGGCUUCUUCAAUGGACCAAGCUGCAAUGCAGUAUUGACCGAGCCUCUGCUUCCAUGAUGUCUCCCUCAACAUGGCUCCACAUGAUUUCUGUACUGCAAAAUAAAGCCAAACUCUGGAAACCAA